AUGGAUGAGAAUGAGAGGACUCGUGUGAUCAAGUUUGGUAUAAUUGAUGAGUAUGACUUGACACGUGGGUCCUCUUGCUAUCAUUCUCUCUUGAAAAUUGGUGAAUUUGAGCACAUCGCAGUCACUCCGAAAAAUUUUAUCAUGUUUAACUCAGGAAAAUUCAAGAAAUCAUAUGAUAUUAAGUCAAUAUGCGCUAAAUACAUCAAAUCACACCACAUAAUAGUAUCAAUUACUCCAAAUCCAAAUAGAAUACAAAUUUUCCUCAUCACAAAUCUUUAUCAGCCUAUAUAUACUAGUGAACCAAUUGAUCAAGUAGGUAUUUGUCAUAUCAUUUUCUCUGAGAAGCAUCAAAUAAUCUUUACUCUAGGUAUAGGAAUCAAAUCAUGGCUUCUCGAAAAAUCAUAUACUCGAGAGGGAAAUGCAAAAAUAAACACAGGAUUUAGAGUCACAUUCUUAAAAUCAUUCGCUUUGAACUAUAUGGCUCCAUUACUUACAAAUCCUUGUUGGAUUGAAUCUAAAUCACAACUCGUACUGCCAUCGAAAGAUGGUAUUAUUUGUUUUGAUGCAGAUGGAAACAUGUUGAAAUGUCCUAUAUCUCUUAAUUCCGAAAAAUUUACAUUGUAUUUGUACAAUGAAAACACAAACAAAGCACUAACUAGUGAUGGCGAUCAAGGUGUUUGUCUCUGGAACAAACAUGGCCGCUUAAAAUACCAUUUUACAUCAGUUACUAAACCAAUUUACAUUGCUUAUCAAAUGACUAAUGAAUUUUACAUUAUUUACGAUAGUUCUGCUUUCAUUAGUAUCUUUGAUAUCAAAACAGGCCGAGUUUUCCCAUUAGUUAAACUUGAUGCACCACCUUUACAUAUCUUUUUCGAACGCGAAAGAGGUAAAUCAACUAUGUUGUUUGUUUUCCAACGAAACAAAGCAAAAGCAUACCGAGUUGUCAUUCCAUGGUCACUUUGGCGUAAAGUCACAACAGAACCUCUUAAGAUCACACGUUGUCCUAAAGCUAAUGGUGCAGCACGAAUUGCAGUUUUAUUAAAAGAUGCAUCGAUCCAAUUGUUUUCUCCUGUUACACGAAAUUUGUUGAGUUUAUGUCAUGCACGAAUCACCGGAUUCCCUAUUUCAGUCUUAGUUGAUCGCGGUAUGCAAAACAUGGCUAAAUCAAGAGACCAAUUAUUUGUCACAUUUGACAAUGGUCUCUUAGCAGUUUUUGGCACUAAUGGUCAAUUAAUGGAACCAGUAUUGAUGGUUGACAUCAAAGCUACAUGUUGUGCAUUGUCAAUGUUUUGUCAUAAAUGGUGUCUUUUGAUUGGUACAUCUAAAGGAGACAUCAUUAUUUACGAGUACCGAAAAUUACGGUUUUUGAAACGUAUUGGUCAAAAAAGAGAAAUGAUUUAUGAAAUUUUACAUCAUGAUGAUACUAACUCAUUUUUUGUUAGUUACCAAGAUGUCAUUGUUCGAUACAACACAGAAACAGGAAAUAUUGAUGAAGAAGUCAACUGUCAACAUGGGAUUAUUUCAAGUGUUUGUGGUUAUAACAUUGUUAUCGGAUAUGAAGAUGGAACAUUUAAUAUUUUUAGGAUUACACAAAAAAAUCUUCAACAAAUCCAUGGAAGAGAGAAACCAUUACAUAAAGGAAAAGUUACAGGAAUCACCGCAGGAAUAUCAUUCUUUGUAACAAGUGGAUAUGAUGGAUCAGUUUUAGUUUGGUCAAAUGAUUGUGAAGUUUUAGUUCAACUUAUUUUGCCACUUCCUAUUUUAUCUGUUGCAUUUCUUAAUGGUAAACGAGGACUUUUGAUUGGAACACCAUCCGAAAUCAUGAUUGUUAAUGGUUCAUCUCUUUUUGGUAUCCAAGUUGAUCCAGAAGAUCCUCUUUUCGACAACUUCGACCGAUUGAAAGAUCAAAUGAACGGUAUUUUCCAGUUGUUUGAUGAUUUCGAUCAUUGUGAAGAAGAAGACAUCAAUUUUCUUUUUGAACGAAACAAAGAAGAAAACGAAGAAGAAGAAUCAGACAACAGCGAAUUUGAAUUUGAUAUUGAUAUUGAUGCAAAACAUCAAUGGGUUCCAAACUUUGUUAAGAUUGAACCUAUUUACAUAGACAAACCACAAAGAAAGAAAAAAGUCACAAUAGAGAAUAAUAAUAACAAUAACAAUAAUAAUAAGAAAGAAGAUGAAGAAGAAUGGAGAGAUGCUAUGGGUCGAUCAAUGAAAGAUUUGAUUGACUUGAAAGAAAUGGAGAUGAUUAUGGACGAAUUAGAAAAAGCUAAAGAAACAGAACAAAAAGAAGACAAAGAAAGAGAAAAAUCAAUUGAAGAAGAAGAACAAUAUGAAGAGGAAGAUUUAUAUGAAUAUGUUUCAGAAGAAGAUGAAAUAUAUGAAAAAGAAAUUAAUAAAUCUCCUUCGAAAGUUUCAUCUCGUAUUAGUGAAAAGAGAUCAAAAUCAACAGUUAAGUCCAAUCUUGAUAAAGUAAAAGAAGAUAAAAACACUGAAGGAAAAACAACACCAAAGAAAUCUCCAAAAUUCAAGAAAGGAGAAAAUAUUUCAUCUCAUUCCGCUAAAACAAUGAGAGAAAAUAGUUCAUCUUUAUCACAAAUUUCAGGAAACAAUUCAUCACUUUCUAAUUUGAUGAGAUCUUCAAAAUCAGUUGUUUCUGAUAUCGAAAAAUCAACAAGAUCAUCAAAAGCACCAGCAAGUUUAUCUUCUCUUUCUCUUUCUCUUUCUAAUUCAAAUCCUAAUUCUAAUUCUAAUUCUAAUUCUCCAUCAAAAUCAAAUUCAGAUUCACAAAAAUCAUCUAAAACAAAUUCAAAAAAAUCAAAUAAAAAUUCAUCAGAGCAAAAUUUUUCACCAAAAUCUGAAGAAAAACUUUCCAAAAAAUCAACAAAUGUUGAUCAAAAAUCUUCAACAAAUAAUGGUCAGAAACAAUUAAAGAAUGUCUCUGUUAAUAAUCAAAAACUUCCAAAGAGAAUUCCUCCAAUAAAUUCACCAAGAAUUAAUCAAAGACAAAAUCAAAAUCAGAAUCAAGUUGUAAGAAAAUCAAUUGUAAAAAGUGAUAAUACUAAUAAUGAAAGUGCAGUAGUUUCUGAAGUCAAACUUGAAUUUCCUUCAUCAAAAUAUGGAGGAUUGAUGGAAAGUGAAGUUUCAAAUGAAUUACCAAACAACAGAAUUGAAAUUGAAACUCAACUUCCUAAAUCAAUCAACAAAAAGAAUAAAAACAAAACAUCUAAAGGAGAACGAACUCCAAUUUUACAUACAAAAGAAAUUGGAAUGACAACAAAUAAAAAUAAAAACAAAAGCAAAAACAAAAAUAAAAAUGAAAAUGAAAAUCCAGAUGUUGUUUUUGUUGAUGAUCGAAAGAUUGAUAUGUUGAUGAAAUCAAUGAAAUCAUUUACAGGAAAUGAAGAAAACAUUGAAGACAAUUUCGAAGUGAAUUCACCUAAAAUCAUAUCAUCAAAGAAUCCAAGAAGAAAAAUGAAACAAAUUCAAGAAAAUUUAUCUUCAUCUCCAUCUAAAUCAAGUGUCAUCAGAAUGAUCAAAGAAUCAGAUUCAACAAAGAAUUUUAGAAUCAGAGAACCACAAAUGAAAGGAGAAAAUUCACAUAUUAAUGAAAACGAACCAUUUAUCAGACAACGAAAUCCAAGACAUGUCAUAUUACAUAACACUAAACGAGUUGUCAAUCCAGAUAUUGACAUCAGAGAAUAUAUUCCAGCACAAUUUUAUUUGGACAAGAAAUUUUUGAGCAAAUUCAUUGACAUUCAUGAUUCUGAAGUCCAACAAUUUCUGAGACGCCUUGCAUGUUUCCAUGGUGCUUCAUUUGAUAUUACAGAUAACAAUAACGAUGACAAUGCCAAUGCCAAUGAGAAUGAUAAUGAUGAUGAAUUAAUCUAUCAAACUGAUAAUGAAUCAAGAAAAGAAGAAAGUAUUGAAAACAAACUUAAUUAUAUUAAAGAAAUCAAAGAAUAUUUGAUUAAAUAUUCACCACAUAAACCAAGAGUUUUCAAUAAACCAAACUUGAAUUACGAUUCCGAAAACUAUUACAAUUAUGAACGUAAACAUGACAUUGUCAAUCAUCAUCCUCGACGAAUCAGUGUUCAAGAACGAUCUGCGAAACUCCAACAUUUGCAAGAUAUUGAAAACGAAGACAAAGGAAAGUCGAAAUUUAAACCAUUUGUUGAUUUUGGAUUUAAGAAAGAAUCAUUAAGUGACAUUUCACAUAUAUUUGAACGUGCAAACAAGAAGAUGAGAGCCUCUGCACAAUCACAACGAUCUCGAAAGAUCGAAAAACCAAUUAAGUUGAUUAAUUCACCUAGAUCUAGCGUCAGAUCCGGAAAAGUAUAA